AUGCCUCUGGAUGUUCAAUGAUAGCACGCCUCCAUACUGGAGCAGCAAGGUUUCCCCAAAACUUACUUCCAAGGGCAAGACAAGCUGUGUGCUCCCUCCUCCCGGCUGGUGUUCUCAAAGGGUACGGCUCCAUCGUAAGCAGGAAACUGGCGUCCCACGGCUUUGGAGCUUCCAUGGCAGCAAUGUCAUCCUUCCCUCCACAGAGAUAUCACUACUUCUUAGUGCUGGAUUUUGAGGCUACGUGUGAUAAACCACAGAUUCAUCCUCAGGAAAUCAUCGAAUUCCCUAUCCUGAAGCUGAAUGGCAGGACGAUGGAGAUCGAAUCCACCUUUCACAUGUAUGUUCAGCCUGUGGUGCAUCCCCAGCUUACGCCCUUCUGUACAGAGCUGACUGGGAUUAUUCAAGGCAUGGUGGAUGGGCAGCCGAGCCUCCAGCAAGUGCUUGAGAGGGUUGACGAGUGGAUGGCGAAGGAAGGCCUCUUAGAUCCCAGCGUCAAGUCGAUUUUUGUGACCUGUGGAGACUGGGAUUUGAAAGUGAUGUUACCAGGACAAUGCCAGUACUUAGGGCUGCCGGUUGCUGAUUACUUCAAACAGUGGAUUAAUCUGAAAAAGGCGUACAGCUUUGCCAUGGGGAGUUGGCCAAAGAACGGGCUCUUAGACAUGAAUAAAGGACUGAACCUACAGCACAUAGGGAGGCCUCACAGCGGGAUAGGUGAGUGA